AUUAUGAAUGACAGAUCAAGAGACUCUAAGUUUGUAGAGGCAGCUCUGAACAGGAGCAUAAAAGAUGUACCAUUAUGCCUGCUAUACCAUAUUUCUGCUACCAGUUCCUGGUGGAGAGGCAUGGGGCUAUCUGGUUUUGGUCUUCAGGUGAUGAUUCGUCACUGUAGCAGGGAAGAAAACUCUAAGAUUUAAGGUUUUUGGUGGUGCCUGAAGAAGUGCUUCAUCUAUGUGAAAGUGGGAUGCUAAAAGAACAAGUUGACAACAUCACCAGAAAGUAAAGCAAAAAGAUUUCAACCAGUGAUGGUGUGAAGGAGGUUAUCUACUGCUGUCAUUAUUGAGAGAGGCAAUAUCUCACUGCAAAACAGGUGAUGAAGGUUCACUCAGCAAUGUACGUGGCCUUAGGGCUGCUGGAGCUUUUCACCAAAAUCGAGGGUGUGGAAAAAACGGGGACAGACGAGAAGAGCACAAUGGGGACAGCAUAACCCAAAUGAAGGAGAGGAGCUGUGCCAGUGACCCCAGUGCGGGACUCAACAUGUGGACGGGGGCAAGAGUUCCUCUGGAGUGGUCCCUGUCUCCUGAAGAGGGUGAAAAGCACUUUCUGACAUUACAGACGGUGUGUCUGAAGGCAGAGGAAGAGGACUUGCAGCAGAGGAUGGCGAGGGCAGCGCCGGCCAGGGCAUUUGUGGUGCAGCAAGGGCAGGGUGUGCUGCACAACGUGCCGGCGGGCAUGGCUCUGAGUGUGCGGGAAGGGAUCUGUGGGUUCUGUGAUUUAGGGCUGACGCAGAUUAAUGUUUCUCAAGAAGGGCAAGUGAAGAGUUCAGAAAGCAAGCCAACUGACAAACCACCAGACACGCUACUGAUUGAGAUCGGCAGAGAUAAUGAUAUUAUUGAGUUUGAAAAUAAGGUCCAGCAACUGACCCCAUCUGAAGAUGGGGGAGAAAAGGAACUUUUUUUCACUCUUGGAGAAACAAAGAACCAGAGCUGCAAAGCCAGGGGUGAUUUGUCAGACUCCUGCGAUGACGGUAAAGAGCAGGAACAUGCAGCUCCCUCAGAACAAUCAGUUGUAAGAAAUCCCAAGAAUCUAAAAUUUCAGAUUUGUGCUCUGCAUCAGAAAAAAGGAGAAAAAGCAGUUUUCAACUGUGGUUUGUGCACGUUCACCUCACUCAGAAUAUCAAGUCUUAAACGUCAUAUGAAAACCCAUUCUGAUGAGAAACGUCAUGUGUGUCACCUCUGCCUUAAGGCUUUUCGUACAGCUACUCUCCUGCAUAACCAUGUGAAUGUACAUACAGGGACCAGACCCUAUAAAUGCAAUGACUGUGAUAUGGCAUUUGUGACCAGCGGUGAGCUUUCACGACACAGGCGCUACAAACAUACUUUAGAAAAACCUUUCAAGUGUUCAGUUUGUAAAUAUUCUAGUGUAGAAGCAAGCAAAAUGAAACGACAUAUUCGCUCACAUACAGGAGAGCGUCCUUACGCCUGUGACCUUUGCAGUUACGCUAGCAAAGAUGCGUAUAAACUGAAAAGGCACAUGAUAACUCAUUCAGGUGAAAAACCCUAUGAAUGUUAUGUUUGCCAGGCCAAAUUCACUCAAAGCGGUACCAUGAAAAUCCAUAUGUUACAGAAGCAUGGAGAAAAUGUGCCAAAAUACCAGUGCCCACAUUGUAGUACCUUUAUUGCACGAAAAAGUGACCUGGGUGUCCACUUGCGAAAUCUGCAUUCCUACAUGGCAGUGGCAAUUAAAUGCAGUUACUGUGAAGCUGUUUUUCAUGAGCGCUAUGCUCUUAUUCAGCACAAGAAGACUCACAGAAAUGAGAAAAGAUUCAAAUGUGAUCAGUGCAGCUACAUAUGUAAGCAGGAACAACGCUUAACUGUACAUAAACGAACCCAUACUGGUGAGAAGCCCUUCACUUGCUUGUGCUGCAGCAAAAGCUUUCGACAGAAGCAGCUGCUCACUCUUCACUUUAGGAAGCACCACGAUUCUACUAUUAAGCCUACAGUUUAUGAAUGCCCUACAUGUGGUAAGGGCUAUUCACUCCAGAAUAAUAUGCAUAAGCAUGCUGAAAAUUGUGGAUUGGUGAGGGCAAAACCUGCUACACCCAGAAAAAGAAGCAAGGGCAAAAAUAAAAUCCAUGAGAACUCAAAGCGUGUUAACCAAGAAGUUGACCUGGAAUCUUUCCAAGACAUCUCCACUGUGAAGAAUGAACAUUGUGCCAGUGAGAUUGUUCUUGGUUUAGAUGGAACAGAAACAGCAGCCCUGAGAGAACAGAAAUGACUUGUGAAAUGGUUCUCAACACGAUGGACAAAUAACGCACAAACAGACUCUGGUCUUCCUUGUUUUCACUGGUUGUAACUGACCGGUUCAAAGAAUGUAACUACGUCCAGUUAGAAAGCUAGAAAAGACACUGGUUGAAGCCCUUCUGUGCUGGUUUUUCUUGUUGCGAUUUCUACUGUGUAUCCUAAUUAACAUUGCUAAAGCAUGAAAGUUAUAGGGAACCUUCACCUCUAUUAUUACAUAUGUGUAAUAACAGAAUGCAGAAAAAAAAUAGCUAAUUUCAGAGUAAUUUAUGAAAAAGUAGAUAGAUUUGUUUCACCUUGCAUUUCAUUUUUCUUCCAGAUUUACUCACAGAAUUGCAUGCUGAGCUGAUGCAAAUUUAUUCCUCAGUAGCUCUGUAGAAUUGAGAGCUGCAUGAACUUCCGUCUAUUUGUGCCUUCCUAAGGUGAGCACGUGAAAGCAAGGAUUUUUUUUAAUGCAAGGAGCAAGGUGUUAUUUGAGUGUUUAAUAAAGUUUCCUAAUUAUUGUUUGUGGCCAUUUUCAUAAUGGUAAUAUUUAUCCAGUUGCAGAAAGUUAAAGACUUGGUCUGGCUGCCUUGUCAGUAACAGGACUUCAGGAUACUUUUGUCCAUGAUAAUUGCUGAAAUACUACUGUUGACUUUAUUCUUGUUGUGCAGUUUUCAUUUGUGUCAUAAAUUCUAAGCAACAGAUGUCUUUGUUAAAAUUCAUUUUAGAGAUUGUAUAAAUUACUUGAUCAGUUUUCUGAAUAUAUAUUGUUCACUUGAAUUGUUGUUAAUAACAAAGCUGACUCAUUUUGUGCUGACAUCUGAAAAUCAGCCUAC